AUUAAAAUGAGACACAAAAAGGAUUAUCGUUGGACGGAUAGAGUAUUAUAUUAUUGUGUGAAAAAGGUGAACGACGUCGUAUCAGUGUUGGCCCGCCCUUCUCCUUUGUUGGUUGGUCAAACAAACAGGUCACAAAUUGUGUUUCACUCGAAUAUGGAGCUCUCAGUUUCAUCUCAUCGUCUCUGCAACUCUUCUUGUUCAUCAUCAUCAUCAUUGCUAUUCAAUUCAAGAAUAAUUAAGGUCCCUCUUGUCUCCUUAAGCAAUCAUCAUCAACAUAAGUUACUACUCUUCAAUCGAUUACACCAUAAAUUAAAUACUACUACUGCUGCUUCAAUGGAAACUCAAUCAGCGAUUCCUCAUGCUUCUCAUAAUGGCUCUUCCAUAACAGGUCGAAUUGGGGAAGUGAAGAGGGUUACGAAAGAGACGAAUGUGCAUGUGAAGAUAAACUUGGAUGGAACAGGUGUUGCAGAGAACAAUACUGGGAUCCCAUUUCUUGAUCACAUGUUGGAUCAACUUGCUUCACAUGGGUUGUUCGAAGUACAUGUAAAAGCUACUGGGGACAUUCACAUUGAUGAUCACCAUACGAAUGAAGAUGUCGCACUUGCCAUUGGAACUGCAUUGUUGCAAGCACUUGGCGAUAGAAAAGGAAUCAAUCGCUUUGGUGACUUCUCAGCUCCAUUAGAUGAAGCACUGAUUCAUGUUGCAUUGGAUUUAUCAGGAAGGCCGCAUUUGAACUAUGAUUUACAGAUACCUACUCAGAGAGUUGGCACAUACGACACUCAGUUGGUGGAACACUUCUUUCAGUCUUUGGCCAACACUUCUGGAAUGACACUCCAUAUUCGACAGUUGGCUGGAAAAAAUUCUCAUCACAUCAUUGAGGCGACUUUCAAGGCGUUUGCUAGAGCUCUUCGGCAAGCAACUGAAUAUGACUUGCGUCGUGGUGGAAGUAUCCCCAGUUCAAAAGGGGUUUUGUCUCGAUCAUGAAAUAUCUAUUACCGCAAAGAUUCAGAUUCUUUGAGCAAAGUAGUUUACCACAUUGCUUUCUACAAGGUCUUAUCGUGAUUAUUGGAGCUCUAUAUUAGAAGAAGGUCGGUUGAAAUACAUCAAAUGCUUCUCUUGCUCGUUCAAGAAAAUAUUUUGAUAUCCACAAAUGCUACAAGAUAGAAUGGAAAUGCAGGCAGCUACUUUCUGUUUUACUGUUUGAAAUGUUGGAGGUUUUACUGGUUAAUGGAAACAUUUGGCUUUUGUAUUUGGUUGUAAACCUUUUUUUAAAUAACCAAUGGUCAUUUGUAUGUUUUGUGACCUCUGUUCUUUUAAGUUGCCUAUUACAAGGAUGAUAUUCAAGGAUGUGAAUGAAGUCUCUCUUUCUCACGCUCUAAA